AUGACGAGGCACCUCUCCUCAUCCUCGAGGCGCUCCUCGCUCGCCAAAAGCGCCAUGACCCUCGCAACCCUUUCUCUCGCCCUAACCUCGUGCGCAUCGGCCGCCAGCAAGGCCGGCUCAUACGAGGUUGUCAACACCAACUCACUCGCCUCGGCCAUGAUGCUCGGUUUAAUGGACGAGGACAACGUCUUUAUUCUCGACAAAGCUGAAAACAACUCGGCUCGUCUCGCCGAUGGCCGUCAUGUCUGGGGUUCUUUCUACAAGCUUUCCGACAAUUCGGUCACCGGCACCGCCGUCCAGACCAACACUUUCUGUGCCUCUGGUGCCACCUUGGGAAAUGGUUCUUGGCUUGUAGCUGGCGGCAACCAGGCCGUAGGUUACGGUGGCGCUGCACAGGCCCAGGAGAUCAACCCCUACUCGGACUUCGACGGAACUAGGGCGAUUCGUCUGCUCGAACCCAACUCGCAGACGUGGAUCGACUCGCCCAGUACAACUGUCGCACAGGUCAACAUGCUCCAGCAACCCCGUUGGUACCCCGGUAUCGAGGUUCUUGAAGACGGUAGCGUUAUCUUUAUCGGAGGUGCCGUCUCGGGCGGCUACAUUAAUCGCAACACGCCUACCACUGAUCCUCUUUACCAGAAUGGAGGCGCUAACCCCACCUACGAAUACUUUCCCUCCAAGACCACCGGAAACCUACCCAUCUGUAACUUUAUGGCUCAGACUAACGGUCUCAACAUGUACCCGCACACCUACCUCAUGCCCUCUGGCAAGAUCUUCAUGCAGGCCAACGUCAGUACCAUCCUCUGGGACCACGUCAACAACACUCAGAUCGACCUUCCCGACAUGCCUGGCGGAGUCGUGCGCGUCUACCCCGCCUCGGCUGCCACUGCCAUGCUGCCACUCACUCCUCAGAAUCAGUACACACCUACCAUCCUGUUUUGCGGUGGUAGUGUCAUGAGCGACCAGAUGUGGGGCAACUACAGUGGUCCCGGUGGCAACAUUCUCGGUCUCCAAGCCUCUGAUGACUGCUCGUCCAUCAACCCCGAGGACAAUCAGGGCAACCAGAUCACUGACGCUCAGUACGUCCAGGAGGGGCGGCUUCCCGAAGGUCGUUCCAUGGGACAGUUCAUCCACCUCCCUGACGGUACCAUGGUCGUCCUCAACGGCGCCAACAAGGGAACUGCCGGCUAUUCGAACCAGACAUGGAACACCAUCCAGUACAACGGUCGCACCGUCGUCACCGAAGGUCUUUCGCAGGAUCCCACUUACGUUCCCGUCAUCUAUGACCCGUCCAAGCCCAGAGGUCAGCGUCUCUCCAAUGCUAAUCUCAAGCCUUCCACCAUUGCUCGUCUCUACCACUCGAGCGCUAUUUUGCUCCCCGAUGGUUCCGUCAUGGUUGCAGGUUCCAACCCGCAUCAGGAUGUUGCGCUCGACAUGCCCACCGGCACCACGCCUCAGGCUUUCAACACCACCUACGAGGUUGAAAAGUGGUACCCUCCUUACUGGGACUCGCCACGCCCUUACCCACAGGGCGUGCCCAAUUCGGUGCUGUACGGCGGCAGUCCUUUCAACAUUACCGUCAACGGUACCUUUAUGGGUGACUCGGCCAACGCCAAGGCAGCCAACACCAAGUUUGCCAUCAUUCGUACCGGUUUCUCCACCCACGCCAUGAACAUGGGGCAGCGCGCCGUCUACCUCGACUACACCUACACCGUUAACGAUGACGCCUCGGUCACCUACAUGGUCAACCCUUUGCCCAACACUAAGGCUAUGAACCGCCUCUUUGUGCCUGGCCCGGCCUUCUUCUACGUCACCGUCGGUGGCGUGCCAAGCCAUGGCAAGCUGAUCAUGGUGGGAACUUCCCCCACUGGCACUGGCAACGUCCCCUUCACUCCUCAGCUCGGGUCUGCACUCGUCGCGCUUCCCCCUGCUGUCAACAGCACCAAAUUCACAGCCUCCCUCCCCAAGGCUGGCAGCAGCUCUUCCUCCGAGUUUGGCCUCGGCAAGAUCAUUGGUAUCGCUGUUGCUGGCGCCGCAGUUUUGGCCCUCAUUGCUCUCGGCUGUUGUCUGUGGAGGCGCAAGGGCAGGAGCCAUAGCGACAAGGCUGCCUCGCGCCAGUCGGCUGCCCCUUGGACCAGCCGCGACCUUGGCUCGGGUCCCGAGUACAAGCGUGUCGACACUCCUGUCGGAUCCAUCAGCGGUGGUCGCUUUGGGGCCGCCAGGAUGGACAGCUCGAAUACGUUUGAGAGCUAUCGGUUGCACGACCAGGUCAGCACGAGCGAAAGCAAGGAGGCGAUUGGCAGCUACUACGACCAACCUCGCAGCGGCAGCCGUGGCGGCUACGCUCCUAGCCCGCUCGCCUACGACCAACACGGACGUGGCGCCUCGCAAGGCCAGUACCACCAGCAAGGCUGGGGCGAAUACCACGCUGGCGAUGCUGGUGCAUACUACGAGGACAACACUAGCAGGUACGGCAGCGGUGGCGGUGGACACAGCUACGAUGAUUACUCGCACCAGCAAUACCAACAGCAGCAUUACUAUGACAGCCCAGGUCAUCAGCACCAAGGAAGCUACUCUAGUCGACGCUAA